AUGGUUUCUUCGAAUUUGAAAGGGACAUUUGCUUUCUACGGAAGUGUUCUAGCCGGCAAAGCUUUACUUCUGGCUGGAUUAACAAUAGCAAAACGUUUACAGAGAAAGUCAUUUGCGGGAAGUCAACCUCAUCCUGAAGUUAGAGCUAUACAUAGAUGUCAUGCAAAUGAUAUAGAGAAUUUGGUACCUUUUCUAUUUCUUGGAUUUAUCUACUGUAAAACAAAUCCAUCGGCUAAAGUUGGAAUAUGGCUGUUUCGAGUCUUUGCUUUGUCACGCUUUCUACAUACAGCAGUCUAUUUAUAUUCGGAGGGAACUUUUCUCCGUGCACAAAUAUUUCUGGUCGGAUACUUUGUGAACGUUUCUUUGGCGUUAAAAUGUAUUAGUUAUUAUUCAAAAAUGUACUAA